AUGAAGAGAAGGACAUCUCCUAGUCGCAAGCGAGCUAAUGAAUGGCCCAGUCUAACAGAUGAUGAGAUUGAGGAAAUUCGAAAAACAUUUAAUCUAUUUGAUACAGAUGGAUCUGGUACAAUAGAUCCAAAGGAAAUGAAGGCUGCUAUGCAAAGUUUAGGUUUUGAAAGUCAAAAUCCAACUAUGUAUCAGCUUAUAGCAGAUUUGGAUAGAGAUGGAUCAUCUGCUAUUGAUUUCGAGGAAUUCCUUGAUGCCAUUGCAUCUAAACUUGGUGACAAGGAUAGUAGAGAAGGUAUUCAAAAGAUAUUUGCUAUGUUCGAUGAUGAUAAGACCGGUAGCAUUUCACUAAAGAAUCUUAAGAGAGUUGCUCAUGAACUAGGGGAAAAUAUGACUGAUGAUGAACUUAGGGAAAUGAUAGAAAGAGCUGAUAGUAAUGGUGAUGGAGAGAUAAGCUUUGAAGAUUUCUAUAGUAUAAUGACAAAAAAGACAUUUGUAUAA